CGGAUGUGCAACGCAUUUGCUAGCAGUCCUUAGGGUAUGCACGGCCUGCAGCAACGGCAGUAGGGGAUAUGUUCAGAGACGCGUUGGCAAAGAUCUCGAUACGAAGAAGGUCGGACGAGGGGCUCCAGCACCGACCUCCUCAACUGAUCAAAUGAUCAGUAAUGAUCCUCAUGCCACGGUUUGAACCCACCCAUACGAAAGUACCAUGUACUGAGCUUCCAACCUCUACGCACUCAAAAUAUCUCUGACCUUUUGUCUUAUAGAACUCACUGGCAGGUUAGACAACAUUCUGAAGUAGGCCAAUCAUGGCCAUCUCAACGGUUUUGAGCUACCCUAUCACCAGCCUCCUGGUGGCAUAUAUCACCUAUUUGGCUGGCCUUGUGGUGUACCGCCUCUAUUUCCACCCCCUAGCAAAAUUCCCUGGGCCCAAAUAUGCAGCGAUCAGUCGGUGGCACGAGUUCUACUACGAGGUCGUCAAGAAAGGACAGUUCACGUUCAAAGUGCAGGAGUUGCACCGAAAGUAUGGCCCCAUCGUUCGCAUUGUCCCCGAUGAAAUACACAUCCAGGACUCGCAGUUCUACGACACUCUUUACACCAAAGCCGGUCGGGUGGACAAGUACGACUGGAUGGCUGGCCGGUUUGGAUGCGACACCUCAGUCUUCACUACUGGGCCCGACGAGCUUCAUCGCAUUCGCCGAGGGGCAUUAAAUCCACUCUUUUCGCGGGCUCGCAUUCUCGACCUGCAGACCAUCAUCCGGGCCAAGAUUGACACAUUGCUCGACCGCAUUCGCGAGUUCCAGAGAGAAGAUAAAGUGUUGCCCAUAAACCGAGCGUUCAUGGCUCUGACGGGCGAUGUUGUGAUGGAAUACUGCUUCUCAAUCAGCUACGACCACCUCAAGCUACCGAAUUUUGAGAAGACCCUGCACGAGCCGUUCAUGGCAGCCAGUAUCAGUGGACAUCUCUCUCUACAGUGCCCGUGGGUGCCAAAGGUCUUGUUUACGCUUCCUGAAUCCAUCUUGGUCAAGAUCGAGCCGCUGUACGCGCUCGUCUUCCGUAUGCAAGCGGAUUUCCGCAAGCAAAUCAACGCUAUGAAAGAAGGCAAGAUGAACGACGUGCUCGCAAAAUCGACUCAUCCGACCGUGUUCCAAGAACUCAUCUCAGGCAACCUGCCCCCAUCGGAGAAAGAGACUCGACGCCUCCAAGACGAGGCUCAGCUCGUUGUGGCCGCUGGCGUGACCACCACCGGUUGGGCGCUUUCCGUCGCAACCUUCCAUCUACUAAGCAACCGAGAUGUGUUGGCCAAAUUGAAAGCAGAGCUGAAGAAUGCCAUCCCCGAUCCUUCCGCACCGUUAUCGUGGGUCGAACUUGAGAAAUUACCCUACUUGACCGGCUGUGUACGUGAAGCGGUCAGGAUGUCAUAUGCCGUCACGACACGAAACCCGCGACUGUUCUCCAAGCCCAUCACCUACAAGGACUGGGUGAUCCCGCCACGCACGCCUGUCUCCAUGACGAUUGUGGAUGUGAAUGACGAUGAAGACAUUUUCCCCGAGCCCAGGAAAUUCCGACCUGAGCGAUGGAUCGGAAGCCCCAAGGCUCUAGACGGAAGCAGUCUCGAGCGAUAUUUUGUCGGGUUUGGUAAAGGAACAAGAAGUUGUCUGGGCAUAAAUCUCGCCCACGCCGAACUCUACAUGACCCUGGCCGCCGUAUUCCGCAACUUCGACUUCGAACUCUACGAAACGGACAUUUCGGACGUGGAAUUGGCGCACGACUUCUUCCUGCCCAGUCCGAAGCUCGACAGCAAAGGGGUCCGGGUCAAGGUUUUGAAGUCGACAUAAGUAGGACCAAGUUCUUGAGUUGCGGAGGUACAGUGGUACCGUCAUGGGAGUGGACGUCAACUUAGGAGAGUUUGGAUACCAAAGCAAAGAGCGUCCGAGACUGAGCUAGUCGUUGCCUUGCCUUGCAUUGCGUUCCACCGCAUAGGUUUAACUUGAUGGAUGGUCAAUAUGCCGAUUGGGUGGGACGGCAGCAUUCAACGAAGGACCAUCCUGCCGGACAGAAAUGCGGUCAAUGGCAGGUAGAUGGGCCUCCUUUCUUUUAAGGAUAUAUCUUCGACCCUGGGUCUAGCGUCUUCAAUGCCCUCUAUAUCGUGUGACGUACCGGUUUGCACUACCUAUCUUACUGCACUACAAUGGGAACGAUGGGUUGAAUGAAGUAGACGGAUUGGAUGCUUCAUAUCAUGCUUCAGACUCACAGCCCAACGACGAAUUCUAUUCAUUUCCAUAUUCUCGCGUUGACAUGACUAUUUCCCAUUCCUGCAAUUCUGCAAUUCUAUCAGCGGCUCCUCUGCUCUAGACCUGACGGUCAGUCAUGUAGAUAAGCCCUGGUAUAUAGCUAUAUAUAUGAUCAAGCCUUGCCAAACUCA